CUUUCAUUAAAUGCGAGAUACAACCGAAAAACCGAGUCAGGUAUGCACACGGUGUUGGUGGAGUUUUAGUGUGUUAGUGUUUCAUAUAUUUUUGGAUUACCUCUGGAUAUGUGGCCGCAACAGAUAUUUGUUGUAUUACUGUCAGCAUCGCUGACAUUGCAAUAUGUUGCUGCUGUUAUCAACAGUGGCCAGUCUCAAAAAGUUGAAGAGCCGAUCAAAACCAAUUCCGAAAGCACCGAAGCAGAAACUACCAGCUCCACUGCAGAAAAGGAUUCCAUCGCAGAAAGUUCUGAUACAGCCAAUAGGCGGGAGGCUCCUUUAGACACCUACGGGCUGCCAGGCAAUUCAUAUUUGCCUCCGAGUCCGAUAAAUAUAAAUCUUCCAGUACCUGUAUAUGGUGUGCCAGAUGCACCUUCAAAUAAUGUUGUUUAUCCUGCGCCACCACCUGACAUUCCGCCUCCACCAAAGCCUCUGUAUGGACCUCCCAGCAUUUCCGCCACUUAUGGAGUUCCUCAUUCAAAACCGUCGUUAAAUUUUCUCCCCCAAUUGUCCACCAAUUAUGGAAUACCACCCGUUAAGUACGGUCCACCUUCUUUGCCAACCAAUCUGUUUGCCCCCAAACCGGUUUAUGGACCUCCAAAGUUACAGUAUGGGCACCCAAAACCACAGUACGGCCCUCCAAGUAAACCUAUCAAAUUCCACAAAUAUCCACCGAAAAAUUUCAAUCCAAGACCACCCAAACCAAUCUACGGAACUUCGGUGGGAUUCAAAGAUAAUUUUAACUCAAAUAAAUUGCACUUCAACAGCUUCUUUAAUUCCAAUACGCUUUCAACCGGAGCCAAAUUCUCCAAUUUAUAUUCCGGAGUUUCUACUCUCACACAUCAAUAUGGAGCUCCAGUUCUACCACCACCGAAAAAAACAGUUACUAUACAAUACGUAAGCUCAAACUCUGGGGGCCAUUUAUCCAGUCAAUACGGCGUUCCGUCUGCUAGUGUCGCUUAUGGACCUCCACAACCAUCUCCAAACCCUAGACCACCUCAUCCAGGCGCACCAGCUCCACCUACACCUCCGGAUAUUAAGUACGACGGAUGGCAGCCCAUUCCCGGAUUAGUUUCGAAAAGACCAAUAGACGAUGUUCACCACGUGACCGGAGAGGGAGCUUAUAAUGAUUUGUCUCCACCGCCCUUGCAACAUAAUCACUUGGGCGAUACGUACGGUGCACCACCAAUCAGUUUGGGUAUUAGUGGAGCGACCAGCGGUGGAUACAAACAGGGAAUUAGUGAUUCAUACGGGGCGCCUUUAAAUACCGUUACCGGCUCUGGAGGGAUUGUCGCUUCUUCUGGAGUUGAAGUCCAUGGCAAGCACAUUGCUCAGUCCGCAAAAAGCGAAGCUUAUAGCGGUGAUAGUAUAGGUUUGGUUCCUCCCAGCGGAGUUUACGGUGCACCUCCAAGCGGUCAACAUGGCACACAGUUAUACUCCAACGCUCACGGAUUUGGGGGUUCACUCCAAUUUGGAUCCAUACAAGGACACAAACCUGAAUUUAGUUCAGGUUCUUCUUAUUCGAGCGACUCUGUAGCAGCACAUCCUCCGGAACCGUCAUCUCUUUACAGUUUGCCUAACGAAAGGGUGCCAGUUUCUUUCCAAAACUUGGUACACGGAUCAGCAACGUCAGGGCUACAUAUAGAAGGAGCUAGCGCGUUACCUCUUACGAGUUAUAACGUCCCCUUGGGUGCUAUUGAUGGGUCUUACAGCCUACCGCCAAGCGGUUCUAGUGUAGGAUUGGAUUAUAGUCAACCUCCAGUGACUAUAGAUUUGACACAUGGCAAAAGCAACGCUUACGACUGCAGCCAUAACAAACAGCAAUCGAUUCCUUCUCAAGCGUAUGGAGUUCCUACCGAUAGCUACACAUCGAGUCUUUCUACUAACACACACAAUGUUGCAUCACACGCCAGUUAUGGCGUUCCCCAGCCACAAUUGUUGGUGCCAUCAUCCGAAUACGGAGUGCCAGAUUUACACCACAGUUCGUCAGUGAAUUCGGAAACUAAGGUAAACGCGAUCAACGAAGAAACUCACGGCAAAUCCUACGGCAAAUCGGUAGCAGCAAGUUUCGGACCAAACAGCGAGUUGGUAGAGUCCCAAUCCAUCGAUUUGAACAACAUUCCCCUCCAAGGUACCCAAGGAAGUUAUACUCUGCAAAUUCAAUCAGCGGACGGGUCGCAAAAUCAGGUGCCUCACACUCAAUUCUUGAACGAAGGGUUGCUGCAGUCGAUUUUACAAGCCAUAGAACAGCCGGGAAGAACUCCACAGAGCGGCGCUGGAAUUCCUAUAAUUCAGUUGCAGCAAAGCGUCGAACAAGGCUCAUACGCAUCGAAUGAUACGAUUAAUUAUCAUCAAAGUCAGUAUUUAGAUAACAAUCCACAAACGUCUCAAAUAAACGAGGUGUUAGUCGACGCGCCCAAGACCCAACCAAGAGACGAGAAAAUUAGCGACGGGGAUAAUGAAGAGACUCUUCAAAUGUUGGAUACAAGUCAAAUAGCUCUGUUUUAUAAGAAAGCCGAUGGAAGAAAGGACGACGUUGCCAUCGUUCAAGCUACUGAUUAUUAAUUAUUAAGUGCGUCGACUGAUUUGCGAUGCCAGUUGCUCAAGUUUUAAGUACAGUGUUUUUUUCAUUUCCGCCUCGCCGCAUCAGCGAUUGCCGACCAUAUCGUCUUAAAUGAACAAAGGCGUUAAUUGUAAAAGAAAGUUAAAACUAUGGUUCGGUUUCGAGGGCGUUUGUUUAAGCAUAAAAUUUAAAAUUCGACGAUACCAAAUGCUCUUUUAUUUAUUUGCUAUUAUUUAUGUACAAUU